UAUUCGCCUCCCGAAAAUGACUGAAUUUAGCAUUCUGGGCUUCGACCUCACUGAGCAUAUCCUCUCCUUCCUCCCAAUCCCGACCCUCCUCAGAGCAGCCUCCGUCUGCAAGCUCUGGCAUUCCAUCAUCUCCUCCCCUACCUUCUCCUCUCCCUCCGCACGUCCCCAUGCCUUAAGCCAGCCAUGGUUCUUCCUCUACGGCCUCCACAACACCUCCUCUAAGAACCACCAGUCCUUCGCCUUCGACCCUCUUUCCAACCUCUGGUUCCGCCUCCCUUCCUCUUCCUCCUUCCCUUUCCUUUCUCCCACCUCCUCCUCCUUAAUCGGCUCCCAAGGCUUUCUCUUCACCACUGCCCCCUUCUCCUUCUCCCCCAUCCUCCACCGCUUCUCCUACAAUAUCUUCACCACCUCCCCUCUCAACUACUCCCGCGACAACCCCCUCCUCGGCGUCUUCCACGCCAAUUCCGACAAACCCACAUUCAUUGUUGUCGGGGGUGUCAAGUUCAUCGGCAACCUCGUUGAUAUCGAGGACCGUUUGGCCGUUGAGAUAUACGAUCCCCAUCUGGAUUCCUGGGAGAUUUGUCCCCCUUUGCCCGCCAAUUUCAGCUCGGGUAACUCCUCAUCCUUGUCCUCGGCCUUGUUCGGAGGCAAGUUCUACGUGCUUGGUAUCUAUUCUUGUUUCGUUUCGUCCUUCGAUUUGGAAAAUCAUAUCUGGAGCGACGUCCAGACGCUACGUCCUCCUGGGGUUAACUUCUCCUUCUUGCUCUCGUGCCGGGACCGGCUUGUUCUAGCCGGAAUAUGUAAUUCUCCACUUGGGUCGUCGUUUAAUCUGUGGAGGAUUGACGAGAACACCAUGGAGUUUAGCGAGAUUGCAAUCAUGCCUCAGGAUUUGCUUUACAGCUUGUUUGAUAGUGAUGAGGACGAUAAAUUUGCGAGCUUGAAAUGCGUUGGGUUGGGUGAUCUUGUCUAUGUUUUUAACGAAGAGUACCAUAAGAGAUACCCAGCUUGUGUUUGUGAGAUUAGUAGUGAGUCUGGCAAGUGUAAGUGGAGGAGAGUGCCUCCAUUGCCUUCACCUGUUAAUAAGUUUCACAAGGUCAUUAGCUUCUGUUCCACCGUCUCGCUGCAUAAUAUGCUUCGGGUUGGAGAGGAAUUAAGUGAUCGGUGAGGUGCAUGCAUGCUAUGCCUGAGUACUGAUCAAUUCCUCAUUUUACUUGAUAAUGGAUUUGCAAGAUUCAAAUACUUCAAUGAGGGAUAGAUGAUGUCUUGGUCAAAACAAAUAUGUAAUGAAGCUGGAGCUGCUGGGUCAUUUUAUCCGCCUACCACCUGCAUUUUGUUCUCAUUCAUUCAGCAUUCCUAAUAGAUACUCAUCGUUUACAGAGAAGGAAAUCGGACCGAAGCAGGUGUUCGGACUGGUGCUUUUGUUUAAUUCUAUUGGCCUCUGUAUAACUAUAGUUACCACUGCAAUUGUAAUGUAAUUACUCUCUCAAAAAAUGCAAUUAGUCUCUAAAAAUUAUACUGUAAGUAUUUACGUAUUUGAUUUGAUUUGAUUGGUUGAUUUUAAAAUUUGAAUAUUAAAGAAGAUCUUUUUUCCAAUCUUUUGAAUCUUCCACCGUUGGUGUACUUCACGUCCAUUAGAAAAGCGCGUUGGCCAGGCCAAAGUUACUGUUACCCAAACG